AUGCAGCAGCUGUUUCCCAGCUCGGAGUGGAAUUCGACGGCAUAUCUCUGCGCCGAUGACUCGCGGCAGACUGCUCUGGUGGACUGCGUAACCAGCAAUGGCACAACAAAGGAAGAAUUCAUCACGCAACGAUUGACCGAAGAAUCAUGCAACAUCAAACCCCGCCAAGGGCCGCCCCUCAUUGAGGGGUCGACUUUGGCACCACUCAUCCUAGCUACCUUUUUCUUCACCAUUCGAAUCUCUGCCAAAAGCUUCAACCUUGGUGGUGGCUGGGGGUGGGAUGACCUGACUAUCAUCAUCUCAUACAUCAUGGGUGUGGCCAUGUUCGUCCUUAACAUCUAUAUGAUCAAAUACGGCUUCGGCAAGAAUAUCUGGGAUAUCCCCUUCGAUGACAUCACUCAAUUCUACAAGUACUUCCAAGGUUUCGCCGUGAUGUAUAAGAUACAAAUCUCCCUCGCCAAAAUCUCCGUCUGUCUGUUCCUGCUCCGGAUCUUCCAAUCCCGCAUGUUCCGCACGCUCGCAUAUACGCUCAUCGGAAUUAACGCAUCGAUCGGCAUCACUUGGGCACUUGUGGAUGGGCUGAGAUGCAGUCCGGUCCAUUUAGCUUGGGAUGGUUGGGCGAACGAGGAUCCCGGCACAUGCAUUGAUUUUAUCGAUGCCAUCUUGGGCAACUGUCUGGUGAAUAUCAUUGUCGACGCCAUCAUGGUCUUGAUGCCAGUCUAUGAAGUGAGCAAGCUGCAGCUGCCAUUAUACAAGAAGCUCACCGUUGGUCUGAUGUUUGUGAUGGGAUCUGUCUUGACCAUCAUCGGCAUUAUUCGAGUAGUCGUGUUCUGGAAUAACCGCUGGGGCCAGAAUCAGACUGCCGGCAUCUAUCCCCUGAUCCACUGGUCCGUCAUCGAAUCGCAAGUUGCCAUCAUCUGCGCCUGUCUUCCGUCGUCCCGAGCGCUGCUCAACCACUUCUUCCCUGGCAUUUUUAGCGGGUCGACCAAGCGAACGUACGCCACGGGACCGAGCAAUUGGUACGCCAAGGGCCAGUCGAAUGGACAGAGCAAGAUCAACAAGUCUGUCAGCUACACCGUUCAGUACUCGUCAUCGUCACAGAGAGAUGAUUCGAAUGAUUUGAAUGAUUCGAAUGACUCGAACAGUGUGGUGCAAUUGGUUGAUAUUGAUCGGAAACCAAAUUAUUAG